CUAGUGUCUGGUUUCCUGUGUUACCGCCCUUGGGCUGAGACAGUGAAGACGGGUGCGGGAAUUUCUUUGCUUUCCGACCAAGAAUAGGUCAAUAAAGAGUACAACACUUGCAGGAAUUUUUCUAAGACACUCAAUCAAACUGGACCACAGUCUUUCUCUGACGGACAGUGUGAAUCAUGGCUCUUCCUUUUAAGAAAGAUCUGGAGAAGUAUAAGGAGAUCGAUGAGGAUGAGAUUUUGGACAAGCUGUCAGAGGAGGAGCUCAAGCAGCUGGAGAGUGCUCUAGAUGAGAUCGACCCAGAGAAUGCUCUGCUGCCAGCCGGACUCAGGCAGAAGGACCAGACCACAAAACUGGCCACCGGUGCUUUUAACCGUGACAAACUCCUGCAGUAUCUGGAGAAGGAAGCUAUGGACCAUAAAGACCGAGAAGAUUGCGUCCCUUUCACCGGAGAAAGGAAAGGAAAAGUAUGGAUUCCCAAACAGAAACCAAUCGAGUUGCUUAAAGAGGAAGUCACGACCCUUGACCCGGAAUUGGAAGAGGCACUGUCCAGUGCUACUGACACAGAACUGCAUGACCUGGCAGCUAUUCUUGGAGUGAACACACUGGUGACGAGCACGCAGAGUUAUGACAGCUCCUGCAAAGACGGUUAUAACAAUGUUAUUAAAGGAGAAAAAGUAAAGCCAGUUUUCGAUGAACCACCAAACCCUACAAACGUGGAGGAAACUCUACAGCGAAUAAAGUCCAAUGAUUCCUCACUGACCGAAGUUAAUCUCAACAACAUAAAGAACAUUCCAAUCCCGACUCUAAAGGAGUUAGCCAAAGCCAUGGAGAGGAACACUCAUGUGAAGAAGUUCAGUCUGGCUGCCACCAGGAGCAAUGACCCUGUUGCCGUGGCCUUCUCAGACAUGCUACGAGAGAAUAAGACGCUAAGGAGUUUGAAUCUGGAGUCUAAUUUCAUCACUGGUGCAGGAGUUCAGGCUCUGGUAGAAGCUCUGCGGGACAAUGACACGCUCUCCGAGAUCAAGAUCGACAACCAGCGGCAGCAGCUCGGCACGUCGACAGAGAUGGAGAUCGCCAAGAUGCUGGAGCAAAAUACAACCGUCGUGAAGUUUGGGUACCAGUUUACCCAGCAGGGCCCCAGAUCCCGCGCCGCUGCUGCAAUCACAAAAAACAACGACCUGGUGCGGCAGAGACGAGUCGAGAGGGAUGUGUAGAGCAUAUUCUACUCUCGCUCUCUGAUCAGACUCUUGUGCCAAACCCUCUGAGGGAGCCGCUUCACCUGAAGAAGGGACACAACUGGAUACUUUCCCUCCCUUAUGUUAAUACUCAAUGAUAUUUUUGUGGAUUAUUAUUGUUAAUUGUUGUUUGUUUUUAUGGCUGCAACUGUUUUGCAGCUUUUUUGUUGUCGUUUCGUUUAUUUUUUGCUCAUGUAAAUCCUUUUCUGCUCUUUUCUUUAUAAAAGUUCUUUUAUAAACAGAACAGGUUACGACGGUUACAUGCACACAAGUCUUAUAGUGAUCUCUUCACGGAUCGGCUGGAUCGGAACCUGUCGCCUCUGAACAAAUCUAGACUCAACUGGACUGGAUCUGCUGUGUUCCCCGCUAAAUGUGAGCUAAAUCUAGAUUUGUCGAGUCUGGGUUUGGAGCACAGGUUUGAAGAGGGCUGGGUUACCCAACGAGUCACGCUGAUCGUUAUGGACACUCCUUAAUAAGUCCUCUAUACUCUUGCUGUUAGCUUCACCGUGAGGGGAAUAGCGUGGAUGUCAUUGGGCAGCUUGGUCGUCUUAAAAACACUCUACUUCCACACUGCACCCUCAUACGUUGAGACAUUUCGUAUGGUUAAAAUUCACCGCCAUUCCCAAGACACACCAGCUGAUACAGUGUCUGAAGAAUUGCAGAGCUAAUUUAAGAUCAGCGCCCCAUUUUCAUCCAGUCA